AUGAAUAUUUUAUUCAUAGGUAUACUUGAAUUUAAUCCUCAAUUAGCCGGUCAAGAUAUAACUCCAGCUAAUCUUGAAUUCGAUUCAAUAGCAUCUCGUCGUCGUGAUCGUCGAGGAAAAUCUUUUAGUGGUGCAUCUGCACUACCAGGUAAUCAAGUUCCAUAUUAUUCUCAUCAGCCAUCAUUAUUUACAACAGUUAAUGAUGAAUUAACUCCGUUGGCCCGUGACACUCAAUCACUUGAUCCAUAUCAAUCAAGUGUUGAAUAUCGUUUACAAGAAUUAACUAAACGGUUAUCUACCUUGGAAACAAAAUUAUCAGAAGAUGUAUCUACUGUUCUUUUAAUACUUCGACACCAAUUUCCAGCAAAUAAUUUAUCAACGUCUUUAUCAUCAACUGAUCUGUUAAAAAAUAAUGCAUAA